AUGAGAGAAAUUAUCCAUCUUCAAGCUGGCCAGUGCGGUAACCAAAUUGGUCAAAAAUUCUGGGAGACCAUCUCUCAAGAGCACGGUAUUGACACCAACGGUAACUACUGUGGUGACAAUGAUGUUCAAUUGGAGCGCAUCAACGUCUUCUACAAUGAAGGUAGCCAGGGAAAAUAUGUUCCCAGAGCCGUCUUGGUUGAUCUUGAGCCUGCCACCAUGGAUGUGAUUCGCUCCAGCCAAUAUGGCAAGAUUUUCCGCCCUGACAACUUUAUCAACGCCCAGUCAGGUGCUGGUAACUCGUGGGCCCGCGGUUACUACACCGAGGGUGCCGAGUUGGUUGAAUCUAUUAUGGAUGUCGUCCGCAAAGAGGCCGAGAACACCGACUGCCUCCAGGGUUUCCAGCUCUGUCAUUCGUUGGGUGGUGGUACCGGUUCCGGUCUUGGUUCCUUGUUGUUGUCCAAGAUUCGUGAGGAGUACCCCGACAGAAUCCUCAGCACUUACUCUGUCGUACCUUCUCCCAAGGUGUCCGACACCGUUGUCGAGCCUUAUAACGCUGUUUUGUCUGUCCAUCAGCUGGUUGAGAACUGCGAUGCUACCUUCUGUAUUGACAACGAAGCACUCUAUGACAUCUGCUUCCGCACCCUUAAGUUGACCAACCCUGGUUACGAUGAACUCAACCAGCUUGUUUCUGGUGUCAUGUCUGGUGUUUCCACCAGUUUGCGUUUCCCUGGUCAAUUGAACUCUGACUUGCGUAAGCUCUGUGUCAACAUGGUUCCCUUCCCCCGUCUCCACUUUUUCAUGGUCGGUGUUGCUCCCUUGACUGCCUUUGGUUCCCAGCAGUACCGCAACCUCAGCGUGCCUGAGCUGACUGCCCAGAUGUUCGAUGCUCGCAACAUGAUGGCUGCCUCUGAUCCUCGCCACGGUCGCUACUUGACCGUUGCUACCAUUUUCCGUGGUCGCCUGUCUACCAAGGAAGUCGAGAACCAGAUGUUGGCUGUUCAGCAAAAGAACUCUUCUUACUUUGUCGAAUGGAUUCCCAACAGCGUCAAAUCAUCUUUGUGUGACAUUCCCCCUGUUGGCAUGAAGAUGUCGGGUACCUUUAUUGGUAACAGCACUGCCAUCCAGGAUCUGUUCAAGCGUGUCAACGAGCAGUUCACGGCCAUGUUCAGACGCAAGGCUUUCUUGCAUUGGUACACUAGUGAGGGUAUGGACGAGAUGGAGUUCACUGAGGCCGAGUCCAACAUGAACGAUUUGGUUUCCGAGUACCAGCAGUACCAGGAAGCCACUGCUGAUGGUGAAGAAGAAUACGAAGAAGAAGAAUACCUCGAAGACGAAGAUGCCUUAGAAGAAUAAACCAGAUCAACUUAACUUCAUUUCACAUUUCCUUUUUUUCUUUUCCUUUUUUGAUACCAACGGCGCCAAGAAGACGAUGCCCUAAUAACAUUUUCCCCUCUUUCUCAGCUGAAGACACAAACCGCAGUUUCAUUUUUUACAUCACUUUUCCCCUCCCCUUUUACACACUUUCACGCACAAACCCCAAUGUAGCAAAGCAAAAACCAAGAAAAUAAAUAUAUAUAUACACAUAUAUACAUUCACAAUAUUUUUAGAUCAAUAAAUUCUUUAAAUAACCACAAU